AUGUAUAUUGAAUCGAUCAGAACGACAACAUUCCAAAAUGGAUAUGGUUUGAUUCCUAACCCGUAUGUUCCCUCAACUUUCAACUCACCAGUUGCCAGUCUCUCUCCAAUGCUCACUUAUUCUUCAAUGUCUAAUUAUUCUCAAACUACUGCCGAAAUCUCGCCAAAUCAAAUUAGAUACAGACCAAGUAUCGAUAACAGGUUUCAUCGAUCUCAGACCACUCAACAACAGUUCAAUAAUGGAGGUUCUAGAGAGCCAAUUACUGUACGUACAGUCGAUUUGAGCACAACAACUCAGAGAUCCAAUGAAAUCUCUAGACAUAAUCCAUUGGAAAUGGACGUUAUCACAACUGUAUAUUCAGAGAAAAUUGUUUUGAAAUGGCAGACACCUACGACGCGAAGAGACAUAAAAUACGUUAUAGACUCUGAUACUUGUGACGGUAGAAGAGUUUCAACAGUUAUUCAAGGACCACUUGCAUUUACUACUUUCUUUAUCAAUACAACUCCUGGAAAGAUCUAUAAUGUUGCUAUCAAAUGUAAAUCUCUCGAUAACAGACUUCUUAUUGCAAAAUGGUCAUCUAAGAUUCGAGCAGAGCUGUCUUCUGCUGAAUUCAAUGAUCUCUACGCAAAAUGUCUCAUUUUUAUCAGGGCCAACCGAAAAAAUCCAUACAUGCAAGAGUUUUCAUUCGUUUAUCGGUGCAAACCGAAAGCAUAUUGGGAUCAAAUCUUCAAUUACUGUAACGAUAUAAUGUACAAAUACCGAAAAGACCAAAAUGGACAACCUGGAAAUCUUAUAAAUGGAAAAAUCCAAGGACUCUUCUUUUCGGCGAGAGUUCUACCUGAUGGAAGUAUGCCGAAAUGGUCGUAUUUCGGAGAUGUCAGAAUGUCGAUUGAAGCAAGUUCUCUUCUGGAUCCAAGACUUCACAAUUUCUAUUUCGCUGACUUUUACUGUAACAAAGAAGUUCACUAUGCAACUAUAGUCAUCUGUGUGAAGGAUUCAGAAACUGACGAGUAUUGCCGUGACAAAUUGAUUCGUCUCGACCCAUUCACUAAUACAUUCAUAAAAUUGGAACCUCUGAAACAUUACGGAAAAUGGAAAUAUUACAUCAACAGAAGUCUCAUUGUAGAGCUGUUUUAUACGGAAAAUCUCAGUUUGAGCAUGGGAUAUUUUUCCACUGUUUUUCCAGCUGGCGCAGGAAGGUCAAGAGUAAAUGGAUUGCCGAACAAUAAAGUGUGUCGUGCUUGCAACUUGUAUCCAAGUUCAGUACCGUCAAACUCUUCUAUUGUAUAUCACUCCUCCAGAACCUGA